AUGUUUCGCAGCCAAGUAGCGUCUGCAGCCCGCGCUGUUGCGACAAGUCGUGGUUUCGCGACGGCCGCCCCGGUCGCCGCUACUGCGCGCAACCACAAGGUCGUCGUUAUCGGCGGAGGAACAGCCGGUCUGGCCAUCAGCCACCAGCUGCUGCGCUCUGGCCGCUUUGUCAAGGAUGACAUCGCCGUUGUCGAUCCUGCUAUCUGGCACAACUACCAGCCGGGCUGGACGCUUGUUGGCGGCGGAUUGAAGACGCGCGAGCAGCUGCGCCAGCCGCUCGCUGGCCUGAUCGACCCCAAGCUGAAGUUCUACAACGAGAGUGUUGGCACCUUUUCUCCGGAGGAGAACUUUAUUACGCUCGGAAACAGUAACAAGCUUAACUAUGAUCACCUUGUUGUCGCUCCUGGUAUUACUCUCAACUUUGGCAGCGUGAAGGGUCUGUCCGAGGCGCUGGCAGCCCCGGACUCCAAUGUCUCCACCAUCUACUCCUACGACACCUGCUCCAAGGUUUUCCCCACGAUUGAGAAGCUCCAAAAGGGCUCCGCUAUCUUCACCCAGCCCGCUGGUGUGAUUAAGUGUGCCGGUGCGCCCCAGAAGAUCAUGUGGCUUGCCCUGGACUACUGGAAGAAGGCUGGUCUCUACGACCCCAGCAACCCCGCCGGCUCGGCCAUUAAGAUCGCCUUCGCCACCGGAACGCCCUCCAUGUUCGGUGUCCCCAAGUAUAACGCCAAGCUCGAGGAGCUGCGCAAGGAGCGCGGGGUUGAGGGUCUCUUCCAGCACGACCUGAUCGCCAUCGACGGCAAGAAGGCCACCUUUGCCCGCCCCAACGGUGAAUCAAGCGUUACUCGGGAGUUCGACCUCCUCCACGUCGUCCCCAAGAUGGGUCCCCACGCGUUUAUCAAGAACAGCGCCCUCGCCAACGAAGCCGGCUACGUCGACGUCGACGACGGCACCACCCGCCACAAGAAAUUCGCCAACGUCUGGUCCGCCGGCGACGCCUCCAGCCUCCCGACCUCCAAGACCGCCGCGGCCGUCACAGCCGAGGCUCCGGUUCUGGUCCAGAACAUGCUCCGUGCAAUGGACGGCAAGGAGCCCGACGCCACGUACGACGGGUACACCUCUUGCCCCCUGACCACCGAGUACGGCAAGGUCCUGCUCGCCGAGUUCAAGUAUGGCGGUGUUCCCAAGGAAACCUUCGGCGAGUGGUUCGGCAUCGACCAGGGUACGCCUAGAAAGGAGUUCUACUACCUCAAGAAGCACUUCUUCCCGUGGGUGUACUACGAGUCCAUGGUUAGUGGCAAGUGGGGUGGUCCUAAGGGGACUGCUUUAGCGUUCAACCCCUUGGGUAGAAUCGAUCACCAUCUCCGACGGCAACCAUUAGUUCAGUUCCAGAUUCCUUCGACCUCUGGCCGGCUGUUGAGCAGAAGAUCCAGCCGACUCAGCCGCAAUCAGGCUGUUUGCCGGGCUUAUCCAGAGCCUCUGUGGCCAUUUCGGCACCAUGCACCCUCUUCCGCCACGGGAUGGACAGUUCUCUGCCCGAGUGCCACCAAGCGAUAUCUUACGAUGCUUAAGAGCGCAGCUGAUCCUUGCCGUCUUGUCUCAAGACGCCUUGUCUCGAAUCUAGACCACGUACGGCUCGACCUCCUCGAGGGCGCCUGGAUCCCACCAAUGACCACCGGCCCCGAUAUUAGCGAGCACAUGGGCCGCCUGGGCAUGGAGACCGUCCGGGACACGUUCACCCUCGCCGGGCGCGAGUGGCCCAAGGUGACCUGGUGGAAGAUGAAGGGCAUGCGCUUCGUCUAUCUCACGCUGUGGGCGGCAAUGAUUACCUCUGCCACGAACGGCUAUGAUGGCUCCCUGAUGAAUGGACUUGAAGCACUCGAUGAAUGGAAUGAAUCAUACAACCACCCCGAAGGCGCAACCCUUGGUCUGCUGGCUGCGUCCAUGUCGAUCGGGUCGAUUCUCGCCAUCCCUGUCGUCCCGUACGUGGCGGACAUUUGUGGUCGCCGCUUCGGAGUUGUUAUCGGCUGUGUGAUUAUGCUUUUCGGCGUCGUCAUGGUCUCGAUCGGAUAUAAGAUUGCACUGUUCGUUGUUGGCCGGAUAAUCCUCGGAUUUGGACUGGGAAUCGCGCAGGAAUGCUCGCCUCUUCUUGUUACUGAGCUCGUGCACCCGCAACAUCGAGCCGUGUACAGUACGAUCUACAACUCACUGUGGUAUGUGGGAAGUUUGAUCGGUGCUGCCGUCGCGCUUGGGACAAGCAAAAUCCAUGGCAGCGACUGGUCCUGGCGUGUCCCCUGCCUGUUGCAAGGCGUGCCAUCUAUCUGCCAGCUGAUCUUUAUCUGGAUGGUCCCUGAAUCACCUCGCUGGCUGAUUUCCAAGGGCAAGCUCGCGGAAGCCAAGAAGAUCCUGGCGUACGUCCACGCGCAAGGCGACGAAGACGACGAACUGGUGAAUAUCGAAUUCGACGAGAUCCAGCAAACGCUCGCGCUCGAGAAGCAGCUUGAGGGCAACGGAUGGUCUGAGCUAUGGUCGACCCCCGGCAACCGACACCGCUCGAUCAUCCUGAUUACGAUCGGUUUCUUCUCGCAGUGGUCUGGCAACGGCAUUGUCUCAUACUUCCUCCCCAAGGUCCUCGCCCUCAUCGGCAUAGAAGACACGCACAAAGUCCUCAGCAUCAACCUCGGCCUCAACGCCCUCAACGUCGUCUCCGCAACGGGAAUCUGCUUCUUCGUCGACAAAAUCGGCCGCCGCAAGCUCUUCCUCACCUCCGUCGUCGGCAUGAUCGCCUGCUUCGUCUCCACAACCAUCGGGCUCGCCCGCUUCCCCCACGGGCCCGGCGGCGCCGACGACCACGCCGGCAACGCCGUGAUCGCAUUCAUAUUCCUCUACUACAUCUUCUACAACAUCGGCUUCAGCGGCCUGCUGGUCUCCUACUCAUCCGAGAUCCUGCCGUACCGCCUGCGCGCCAAGGGCCUGACGCUGAUGUUCUUCUGCGUCGCGCUCAGUCUGCUCUUCAACCAGUACGUCAACCCGAUCGCGCUGCUGCACAUCGAGUGGAAGUACUACAUCGUGUACUGCGUCUGGCUGCUCUUCGAGCUGUUUGUGGUGUGGAAGUUCUAUAUCGAGACGCGGCGCACGCCGCUCGAGGAGAUUGCGAAGUUCUUCGAUGGCGACCGCGCGAUUGUUGGGGGUGCCGCGGCAACCGAGAAGGUGCAUGAGCUUGUUACGGUGCAGACGAGGAAUGGGGAUGAGAGUGAGAAGGGGCCGACUGUUAGUACGGAGGUUCGUUAG